UCAAAUUCCAGCGCCUCGACCCCCGUCUGAAAUCCGAAUCUAGGGUUAGGGAUCCGACCGAAUUCCCGAGAGAACCCACCACCAAAAUCCCAGCUUCCGGCGCAUGGCGGCGGCGGUGGAUUCGUAGCAGCACUGCUCCGGAUCGGCAGCCGCUGCUAAGCUCCAGCCGCCACAAUUGGGGCCUCCAGGGCAGCACCUCUGCGGGGGAAGCUCGGCAUCCUGCAGCUCUCCGAAGCCGAGAAGAUGGGGGUCAGGAUCACCGGCAGGCAGCGGCAGCCAUGCCCGUCCCCGCAGGCGAGCGGCGAGCUCCAGGCGGUCGGCAAGCUCCUCUCGGAGAGGCCGGCCAGAGCGCAGCACGUGGGGACGUCUCUGGGGGCGGUCUGGAUCCCCUCCUUCGGGGGUCAAAUGCGAAGACCUUGGCCGGAACCGAUUCCUCUUCACCUUCCGCUAGGAGGCCGACAAGGAGAAGGCUCUGGAUGCCGGGCCCUGGAGCUUCGCCGGCCAUCUGCUGGUGAUGGAGGAUUUUUCGGCCGGAGCGACCACCAUGGACGAGCGCAGGUUCGACAUGGUGCCGGUCUGGGUCAGGGCGUACGGCGUCCCGGCUGGCUCGAUGAGCUGGGAGACCGGGGAGCUGGUUGGUGAGCAGGUUGGGAAGGUUCUUGAGGUGGAUACGGGCGCGAAUGCCGACUCGACGGGAGCGUUCAUGCGGAUCAAGGUGAGAAUGGACAUCACGGUCCCGAUUAUGAGGUUUGUGACAUGCUUUAUUCAGGAUGAUGAAGAGGAUAUGACUACACUUGGGGACGUCUCUGGGGGCGGUCUGGAGCCCCGGUUCCAGCGUCGACUGCGAGGACCUCGGCCGCCAGGAGGCCGACAAGGACAAGGCUCUGGAUGCCGGCCCUGGAGCUUCGCCGGCCAUCUGCUGGUGAUGGAGGAUUUUGCGGGCGGAGCGACCACCGUGGACGAGCGACGGUUCGACACGGUGCUGAUCUGGGUCAGGGCGUACGGCGUCCCGGCGGGGUCGAUGAGCAAGGAGACCAGAGAGCUGGUUGGUGAGCGGGUUGGGAAGGUUCUCGAGGUGGAUACAGCCGCGAAUGCCGACUCGACGGGAGCGUUCAUGCGGGUCAAAGUGAGAAUGAACAUCACGGUCCCGAUUAUGAGGUUUGUGACAUGCUUUAUUCAGGAUGAUGAAGAGGAUAUGACUACACUUGGGGACGAUGAAAAGGAGGAGAGGAGAAGAUCCUCGCCUUUACCUACGAGAAUAUCCCCGACUUCUGCUAUGGCUGCGGGAUACUUGGGCAUACAGAGAAGUCAUGCCCGACUAGAUCUGCAAGAACGGGGAGCCGGCAGUUUGGGCCAUGGCUAAGGACAGUUGUUAUCAUCAACAAGGGGGCCUCGAGUGAAGAGAGGACCAGACGCUCAAAGGACAAAUCGAAAUUCUGACCAAGUAGUAGUAUAGGCAGUAAACAGGGUAGCGGUGGGCCGUCUUGGCGGAAAGAUUUACCGAGAACAGAGGACGAUCAAGGGGUCCAGAACAAAGUAGAAGAUAAAGUUUAUAAGGCUGUAAAAAGUUUGAAGCAAGGUACUUUCAAGAGGAAGAAAGGAAUCCAGCAAAAUCAAUCAAAUAUUUUGACAGAGUCGAAGAAGAGGAAUGUUGAUAUAAUGAAUGUCGAUGAGGUGAUACAAGUAGCAAACAAAGCGAAGAUGGAAAUUCAUGGGGAUGAAGAAAAUGCUCACUCAGAAAUGCUAGACGCCGGGCUGCUGGGACAGCCUAGCGAUUCAAAAUGAGAAUCCUAGUGUGGAACUGCCGGGGAUUGGUGAAUGGCCCGGCAGUGAGAGGUAUUCUGGAUCUCCAGGAGCAGGUUGACCCCGACAUCCUCUUAUCUCAAACUGAACUCGAUAAGAGGAGGAUGGAGAAUUUUGAGUGGAUGCUAGGAAUGGGGAACAUGAUGGUUAGAGAUUGUGAUGGAAAGAGUAUAGAGGAUAUGCGUUGCUGCACAAGAGAUAAGUGAAGCUGGAACUGCAAAACUACUCCAGGUAUCACAUUGAUACUAAACUAGUGGGAAAAUAUGGUUUGAAAUGGUGUUUACCAGGCAUUUAUGGAGAGCCUGUGAAUGCUAAAAGGAAGAUAACUAGGAAGUUAUUGCACAUCCUCAAUCAGCAUUUUAACCUCCCAUGGUUGUGCACUGGCGACUUUGACGAGAUCAUGUAUAAUCAUGAGAAGAAGAUGAAGAAGCAGGUGGUUUUAAUUGGCCAAAGUUGUGGUCGCUUCCCCUCCCCGGCAAGAUUCUUCAACUUUGAUGGCGCCCGUCUACAGAGAGUUUACCCCUGCGCAUGAAGCUUCAACAAAGAGGUUGAGCAAAAAGGGGUAAGGCAAAAGCAGCAGCCAAAGGAAAGAUGGUCCAGGCCUCCACCAGAAAUUUUGAAAAUCAACACGUACAACGCUUUCCUGAAAGAAAGAAAAAUUCUGGAGGUUGGGGCUAUGCCAUCAGAGAAGCAUGACUGUGGUAUGGCGAUGGCAGGUGGUGCAGGUGAUCUGGAGCAAGUCUCAGACGCGCUUCGUUCAGAGGAUUUGGGGAUGUUUUAUGCCAUAAGGACAUCCAUCCAAAUGUGUUGUAAUCAAGAGAUGGUGGAAACUGACUCUGUAACUGAAGGAUGCGGUAUGCACUGAAGAAUAUGAUAUGUGAUCUCUGCGAGCUAUUUUCAUAGACAUUAAGUUCCA